AAACUGCCUGAGCUCUUCUUAUUGAACACGUCACCAUAAGAUGCUCUUGAGGGACAGUUCCUAUUACAGUAAAAGUGUACUGUAAAUCAACACAAAAGAAUUAGAGUGGAUAUUAAUAAGAGAGCUGUGAAGCAACACUUCUCCAUCAUGCACUGGCACAGCGUCACUAUAUAUCAACUGUAGCCGGAUUGAAACACUCAUUCGCUCAGAUCAGAGGAAGUUAACAAACACAGGAGGAGCUGAUGAUGUUUAGAGAAAGAGUUGUGAGCGUAUAAUGAAGAGGAAGACUGACAGAAACAGAAAAUGUCUGAUAAGUGUGAUCUGUGUCUGCUGGGACUGAUCAUUCUCUGCUCACUUCUCACAGGUACCAGUGGAGUGAAUGAUGCUCAUGUGUUCAUCAGUUCUGGUGAAGAUGUCCGUCUGCCCUGUAAUAAUGCUCUUUCUGACUGCACAUCAACUACAUGGAUCUAUAGCAGUUUCAGACAUUCAGGGACAGUUGAACUGAUUACUGGAGGGAAAAAGAGGAAAAACACAGAGAGACAUGAGAGACUGAGUCUGGGGUCUGACUGCUCUCUGAACAUCAAGAACGUCACAAAAGAAGAUCAUGGAUUUUACACCUGCCGACAAUAUGUGAAUGACAAACAACAAGGAACUGAAGCACAUGUUUAUCUGCAUGUUCUUCAUGUUUCAUCAUCAUCAUCCUCACAGACUGAGAUCAGUCCAGGUCGCUCUGUGACUCUCUCCUGUCAGUUGUAUUCAUAUGAUGGAUUCUCCUGUGAUCUUUGGGCUCAUUCUGAGGAAAUUCAUCUGUUGUGGGUGAAUCAGGCUGGUGUUAAUCUGACGACAGACUCCAGAUAUCAGAUAUCAGCUUCAGGACUCUGUAUCAUCAAUCUGACUACAACACUCCUGAAGGAAGAUGACAACAGAGAGUGGAGAUGUCGGCUUACUCACAGAAAUCAAGUCAAGACCUCAGUCAGAUACACUGUCAAGUAUUCAGCUCCAGUCCAUUCAACAACACUGAUUUCAGUCAGCAGCUCAAAAAUCGAGAAUAAAUCGAGCCAAAUUACAGCAGCAGCUCCUACACAAGAUCCAGCUGUCACAGCAUCAACUGAAGUCAGUAGGACUGCUGGAUUAUUAUUCAGAGUGAUUGUGAUGAUUGUUGAGAUCGCAGUGUUUGCUGCUCCUACUGUGAUUCUUCUUCAGAUCAUCUGUGCAAGAAGAGCUGGGAGGAAGAACUCGCAGCACCUAGAGGAAAUAGAGAUGCCUACAAGAUUACAAUAAAAUACUGCUGAGUUUUGAGUGAAUCUGCAAUAAUAUCUAAAAUAGCAAAAACUUAUAGAGGAUUUUUCAAAGUUAUUCUUCUCAGGAAAUAGUCAUAUCAUCAAGUU